UUUUAAGCCUAUGUUUGUCACGUGGAUGUCUUGAAUCAUGAGUGAGGACUACAAACUACCCUUGAAACAAAAUCGGCCGUCUUUCAGUCCUCCGCCCAAACUGAGGAAGAAUGUUAUCACCUCUAAAUUUGUUUCACCUGUUUUAAACCGUUUAACACCAAACAAGACUUCAUUUCCAUAUCCAUCCUUCAAUCCAGAAGUUGGUGAAACUUUAAUUGAGCAAUGUUUCAAAAUUAUCAGUAAAAUUGGGGAAGGCUCCUAUGGAAACGUGUUUAAAGUUCAAAGGAAUUCAGAUAAAUGUAUUUUUGCUGCCAAAGUAACAAAGGCUCCUUUUUUAAAUGAACAAGAUAGGAACAAGAAAUUGAAUGAGGUUAGGCUUCAUUUCUUGUUUUCCAACCAUAAUAAUGUUGUCACACUCCAUGAUGCCUGGGAAGAGAGAGGAUACCUAUAUUUGCUCAUGGAGUUUUGUAAAGAGACCCUCUCAAAUCGAAGUAAUCGAGAUCAUGCCAUUCCCGAAACAAUAGUUUGGAAAAUGCUCCAUGAUAUUCUUCAGGCUCUGAGUUAUAUCCAUUCAAAGGAAGUAAUUCAUAUGGAUGUUAAAAUGGCAAAUAUUAUGAUUGGACAAGAUGACGAUUUCAAAUUGAUCGACUUCGGAAUCAGUAAUUUUGCAGGCGAAGUAAAUUUCCAGAAUAUGUGUGGUGGUGAUCAGAGAUACCUUGCACCUGAAAUCAUCAAUCAACAUUGUACCAAAGCUGCAGACAUAUUCAGUUUAGGAGUUGUAGCCCUCGAAAUGGCUGGUGACUUCAUUUUGCCACAUGAAAUGGAGCUGCUUGCGAAACUUAGGAAAGGAUUACUUCCCUCAAAUCAUAAUAUCUCACCAGAGCUAAGCCGAAUUAUACAAAGCAUGCUAACACCAGAUCAUACAAUACGUCCAUCCGCCUUAGAAUUACUGAAGAAUGAAACAUUGAUCAAAGAAGUAAGGAAGUACCAUUUAGAAAGCUGUAAGAGAAAAAUUCACGGAAUUAAAGAUUGCUACUCUAAGUAUAUAGCUGCGUUAGCCUGUAGACUUUUAAGCAUUCUAAACUUUGGAUUGAAAUUUUUCACCAAUGUCUUAUUCAGUCGACAAAGAAUACCUGUUAUUGUUGAACCUAAAACACCAGAUUGUACACCAGAGGAAGUGGGCAGUGUAUCUAAUGUAAUAUCAGCAACUCCACCUGGUUUAACUUCUUCUGGAAUCAAAGACCGUAGUAGUAAACAGCUUGCAAGUGCUAUUUCAACCAGGAGACUUGCAUUAACAAAGAUGACAUCCUUGAAAACUGCGUCAUCACCCGCCCGAAAUUUGAAACAUGAAUUUUCCUCAGAUGAUGAAGACUAGUCACUUUUAUCAAAUUGCGUUAAUAGUCCAGGCAGUCUAAAGGAAAUCUAAAGUCCAAGAAAUCAACAUUUUGUACUUUGGGUGAAGAUAUCUCGUCGGCGUCGGUAUUCUUCCUUAACGCCGCAGCAUCGGGUAGACUUUAAGAAAUAUCAGCUGCCAGCAAAGGUAAGAAAUAAUCUUAGUUAUCAAAGCGGUUAUGUAUUGUCAGUAAUGAAGCUUUCUGUCUACCCGACAUCAUCAAUGUAAGCAAAUAGAUGAAGUAGACCUCAAAUUUUCCUCGUUUUUAAGUUUUCCCUUGUUAGUCUGAGGGAAAAUGUAUGUUUAAGUAGCUUACUUUUGAUCUGAUUUUGUUUUUCCCUGCCUUUUCUAAGUAGUAUUAAUUUUCUUUCCAAACCUGUGAUCAUUGAGUGGCUUUUGUUUUAAGUCUGUUCAAAAUUAAGCACUCUUUACUUACAUGUAACCAUCACAUGUAAUUAAAAAUAGGUCUCUAGAUUUUAAGAAUAAUGUGAUGUUUUUAAGUUUUUUGUUAACAUAAUUGUAAGAAGAAAUUACUUUCAUCCAUCCAUCCAUCCAUAUUACACUUUCAAGAUGUAUUACUGUAUUCAGGGUUAUUCAAGUCCUUCGAUGUACUUGAAUUUUCAUGUCGUUCAAUACCCCUAGACUUUGGGAAAGUGUCAGAACUACAUUUUGCAAGAUGGAACUACUGUUUCUGGUUUACCAAUAAAUGCAUCUAUCCGGAUGGGGAAAUUAAUGAAUUAAUUAAUGAAGUGUUGUUUCUGAAGUAAGGCAGAAAUAGUAAUUCCUUAUGGCAAAAUAUUGUUCAGAUGUACUUGAAAGUCCUUGAAUUUUAUAUAAUUAGGUUAUUUUGUUUACAAGCUUUGAGAAGAUCGGUAUUUUCCCUCUUUAGAGAUGGAUGUUUCUAAAAUGUCAAAUAGGGUAGUCCAUGCAUUCUGUGUGUACUCGCACAUUUACAUAUAAAUAACCAUCAAUUGUCCCGCAGACAAGUUGCAAAUUUAAACAUUCUGCUGAAUGUUUCCUCUUCAAAAUUUCAAGUAGAACACAAUUUGUGCAGCGAAAAUUACUGAAAUCAACUCCUAACAGAGAUAUUAUCGUUUCUAGUUUACACUGCCUCAGGAAUUGUGUAUUCCCACUCACAAGAAAAACAGUAGUCCACUUGAAUCAAAUAGUGCACAAUAACGAUCUUAGCAGGCUGCCUAAUGGAUCAGUAUUCCUUCCCUGAUCUGUGCUGUUUACAGUGUUAAAGACGUGCAACAGCCAAGUCGAAGCACUGAGGUUGAGUUUCCCAUACUUUGAAACCACGGGUAUUGUUACUGCAACGUUUAAGGUGAUUCGAUGGACGCCAUA